AUACGUUGAGAAUUAAAAUAAACAGCACUAUCAGUGGGCUGAAUCCUUCUUGCAGUCAACAAAAAAGACUCAACAUUUUAGGUCAGAAGCUCCAUCCAGAUAGAUCAUUAGAAGGGAUAUUUCAGCAACUUUAAUCAGCUAUGGGGCCAUCUGUUUUGCUCGGGCUGCUUGCUGUACUGCUGUGCCAUUGCAGUACAGCUCAUUCAGCACGUCUAAAUGACAAGCUGAGGGCAGUGAUUAUUAAGAAGGCCAAUUCGGAGCUCCAACAACCGAAUCUGUUUGGGAUCUACAAAGUCAAGAAAGUGAAGGUGGUGAGUGGCAAAUUGGGAUCCACCAGCUUUGUGGACUUUAAGCUGAAGGAGACUCUCUGCCUUCGCUCCAGUGGAAAGAACCCAUCCACCUGCGAAUUCAACCCGGCAGCAUAUCCCGCGCUAUGGGAGUGCAAAGCGAUCCUAACCAAGAGCAACACAAACGCCCCUGUGGUGUCGGACCUGUCAUGCGACCAGGAGAGCAGCGAGGAGUCGGAUAGUGACAGCCACGACGACACUUCCGUCCGGUCCAUGAAUCGGCGGCUAAAGAGAGCAAAGCCUCAAAAGACCAACAAGAAACCGCCACGAAGACCUGGGUUCAGGCAUGUUGCCAAUCGCCCUGGCAAUCCAAGAACGAGGCAAAGAACGUUACAUUUCCAAUAAUGUUAUCAGAUCAUGGCCAGAGAAUAACUUAAUUAUUUGCUUACUGAUCUCCAAUUGACUGUAUACUUUGGUCAUGUACUUUUAUUGAAAAGCAUAAUAAAAUCAUACUAUAUUAUUAAAAAAGUUAUCUGUCUGGAUAAGCAGGGAUAGGGACGAAACACGUGCAGGAGAACUGCCCGCUGGACACCUGGUGCAUGCACAAUUAAUAAGUGGGUCACAGGCAUAGGAGAUUAACAGAGUACAACACAAUCAAAUUAUAGGACACUUACAUCCAGUUUGAUGGCUGCACAUGAUUUAGAAUAAGUUUGUAAGUGAACUCGGAGGUUGACAUGCACAAAACGAUGAAUGUGAAGACUUCUCCCGGGUAGAUUACCUUUUAUUCUCCAACUCAAAAUCUGUAGAUAGGAGAAUGCCACACUCACAGGACGGGAACACGAGAAAGAGCGAGCAGAGUAAAAGCAAAUUAACAAAGGCCCUGUCACCUCCAACGUACGAUUUACAUUUCCACGAUGUCAAUUUUGUUCCCCGUGAAAGCCGAGAAUGAUCACAUUUGAAUUUGCGUCCAUGCACCGCAGCAGGGUAUCGGACCUCUGAACCCACGUGUCACAGCACAUGCGUGGCCGCCAUCGCUCCCCUCUGAUACUGGCUUAACGACAGCACCCCUGGUGGUCAUAGUUUAGAUUAUUUCGCACCAAAAUACUAUUGUCCAUUUCACAGUCCCCUAUUUACCCACUAUUUCCUGUAAAGAUACAAUAUUAACAGUACUGUAUUAGCCAAUGUUAACAUCCUUUCAAUUUGGUAAUUUUAAUCACAAUAUCUCAACAUAAUGACAAGCCUUAGUGAACAAGAUCAACUAUUCAACAUUCACUAUCGAUUGUAAUCAGAUACAGUACCAAAAGGUUUAAUUAUCACAUUAAACAACAUUAUUGACUCGUUAAUUAUGAAUAUAAAGAUUCCAUACAUUAUAUUUAUCCCAAUAAACCAUUCAAAACUCGUUUAUGGAUCUGGUCACAGCUACUAACUGUAUUAAGAUAUUUAAUGCAGUUAGUAUAAAACAGUCUUUAUUGUAAAAAUCUAGCCUUAACAGUGCAUUAUUUAUAUUAAUAACAACGUGAAUUACGUUUAAAUUACAUACAAUCUGUCGCUAUGCUAAUUUGACUCCUGAAAUAUAAAUAUUAAAUCAGCUAUAGGCUUUUAAAGGACUUUACGGAUGCCAUCUUAGCCAUCUUAUCUUCAGCACGUUUCAGACACCUGUUCAACCUCUGUAGAAAAACAACUCCCUCAAUAACCGAUUCUAGCAUUGUCCCACCAAUCUCGACGGUACAUCAUUGUCGCGGUGUCUACUGUGCCUGAUGAGUUACCCUUUCGGUGACUCGAGUGCACGCACAUGCACAAAGGCGAACGCUACACAACAGCUCUCAGACAACGUGGCACAGCACGUGUGCAUCCGCCAUAGCUUCCACUCCGAUUCUCGCUUCACUCCAGCAACCCCUUUGGGGAGGGCAAGGCAGGGCCUCCCGGAUUGCAUAUGCGUGCAAGAGAGAGGGGGCAAAAGGCUAAAGCAUCGCAUUGCCCAUGCAAGUCAAAUAGGGUGCGGUUAACUAGUCUUCGUCACUGCAAGGCCAGCGGGCCUCUAGCGGACCCUGGUGGCCUUGAAUGCGGGCCCCGAAUGCUUGCGCCCCCCCCCCGACAAUACACAAAUUGAAAUCACCCCCAUCAUCAUCGUCGUGCUGCUGUCAAACUCCCGAAAUUGGUUUCGAAUGUGUAGUGGCCCUCACACCAGUGGCGGCUCCUGCAAAAUCUCUCAGGGGGGGCAAAUGUCUUGAUGAUUGAUAAGGAUAAGGUCCACCCAUGCAAUGGAUAAAUUAACAGCUUAAGCAUGUAAA